AUGGCGUCGGAAUCCGAGGUCUACAGCUGGGAGCCGCACCCGCUCCACCCCGUCGGCACUGAGCCGCUGCAGGAGAUCGCCGUGGACUACUGCCCGGAGGCGUGCCUGGAGGAGCGCCACGCGGGCGAGAUCCACGUCACCUACGACGCCCGCGGCGGCGCGCGCUGGCGCUCCAAACGCCGGUUCCGCCCCGGCAGCGCCGUGGCCACCACGAUCCGCGCGCCGGCGGGGGACACGUCGGGCCUCAACUACAACAUCUACCUGUCCUCCCUGGAGGGCUCCAAAGAUCAGGACGAGAUCGACUUCGAGUUCCUCGGCCACGACAAGCGCGCCGUCCAGACCAACUACCACGUCGGCGGAGACGGUGGGCGGGAGAAGAUCCACGCGCUCCCCUUCGACUCCUCCGACGGAUUCCACCACUACGCCAUCGCCUGGGACGCGGCCGCCAUCGAGUGGCGCGUCGACGGCGAGCUCGUCCGCCGCGAGGAGCGGCGGGAGGGGGAGCCGUGGCCGGAGAAGCCCAUGUACCUGUACGCCUCCGUGUGGGACGCCAGCUACAUCGCCGACGGGGCGUGGACCGGCACGUACCACGGCCGCGACGCGCCCUACGUCUGCAGCUACAAGGACGUCAGGGUGCCCACUGGCAAGGAUUUAGUGGAAGAGGAAGAGCAUCAAGAUGCAGAUGCCGCUGAUGCGCCUGCUGACGAUCCUGAAGCCGACGCCGCCGCUGAUGCUGCGGCGGCGGCGGAAGAAGAGAAGGACGCCGGAGCCGGUGAAGUUUAG